CACGCAGUCAGUGGUCGUGAUAACAAACCAGCUGGCAGCUGAUUCCACCGGCUGUUUAUUUACCCAGUCGGUCGUCCAAACAAUGCCGGCGCAACAUCCAAACAUGCCUUCAACACACCGUCAACUGGUCGCGGUCUCACCGCCGCCAACUGCCGCCGGUCAGUCCACUUUUCGACACUAACUAGUUCACUCCGCCAUUGUUAGUGUGCUGCACACGCCGCCAUGUUCGUGCUGCUUUCCCUAACGGUAUCGCUCGCGGCCGCACGCGAUCUCGUUCCCCUCAGCGAGCGGAAUGCCGCACUUCCGGCGCUCCCGGAGGACCUGGUGCUGAUGGAUGACGAGCCCCUUCAGACGCGCCAACGCCCCUUCCCCCCGCCCGGCAAUAACAACCGGCCGCCGAUGACCUUUGACAAUAACCGGCCUUUAUCACCGCCGCCUCCGUUCGAACCUCCCAACAGCCGGCAGUUCGAGCAGCACCCUCCCCAGGGCUUCCCGGUCAUCGCUCCCAACAUGGCGCCCCCGUUGCAGGCCCAGGCGAACAGUUUCCCGGGCCGGCCGCCCCUCCAACCGGCUCCGCAACGCCCGGAGCAACGUCCCCCGCCCAACGGGCCACCUCCCGUGGAGCCGCCUUCCCGGCAAGCCAUGAUCAGUGGGCUGAUGGCGCUGCCGCUGGAACAGCAGCAGUCGCAGUCGUUACCGCAACCACCGCCCCAACUGGCGCAGUCCAUGCAGGGAGGUCCCCCGAUGCAACCGGGAGGAGGUCUCCAAAUGCAACAGGGAGGACCUCCCAUGGCGCCCAUGCAGCCAGGAGGACCUCCGGGAUCUCCGCAACAGUCCGGAAUGGCACCGCCCAUGCAGCAGCAGAACGGGCCGCCUCCGGCCUCCAUCGCUCUCGACCCCGCCCAGCAGGGAUCGGAAGUCGUCAUCCGGCCGCCCGCUUCGCCGUCAAUGCCGGCGGCGCAACCGAUUAGCGCCGGGCCCAUCCCCCCGGGGAUGAUGACCGGCGUUGCCUCGGCGCAGCAGAACCCGAUGGAUCCGGCGCAGGCGCUGCCCCCCGGGGCGCCGGUGCCGCCGCAGGAGGUUCAGGCCUUCGCCGUGCCCAACGACAGCCAGAACGCCAUCCCCACGGGCGGGGGCGCUGGCGACAGCGGCGCGGUGGACCGGCUGCACGACAUGACGAGCGGGCUGCUGUUGACGCAGCAGGAGAUGGCCGAGCGAAUACACCAGCAGAGCGAGGUCAUCGCCUUCCUCAUGAAGAGCCUCGUGCGCGAGCAGCCGACGGCAGACCCCACGCCCAAGUCGGACGCGGUUAAUAAUAAACCUUCGUCUAUCAGUACCGGCUUCACGUAA